AUGUGGAUGAAGCCCUUCAAGCCGCCACUGCUCCGCAAGCCUGGAGGUUCAAGCACGAAUAUCCAUACUAGCACCAAUUGCGAUGCAGAUUCUAAACAGAAACCGGGAUCUAGUGCAAAUAUAGGGAGGCAGAGUAGCAAAGUUGAUGAGAAUUUCGAGGGAGAAUCUCGACAGCAGAAUGAGCAUAGUGGGAGAAUUGAAGAGCGGAGAAGUACAACUGCUGCCCUUGGAACAAGCUCUGCUGCGGCAAAAUUCACUCCACCACUACGCGCCAAGAAUAACAGCGACAAUGCUGAAUCCAAUGGCGAAGCGUUUCAGGAGGGUUAUUAUACAGUGCUGUGGCGCAAAUUUACAGCCAAGAAGCACAAAACCUGGGACGGAGACGGUGUACUUUCUGUCCUAGGCGGCUAUGCAAUUCUCCAGGAUGUGUCCGGCCGUGAUCUCGGAAAGGUCCAAUGGAACGCACCCCUUCUUCCUGGAUCCACGCUGUCGAUAUCUGGAAAAGAUGUCGAGGUUGACACUAUCAUAACAAAGCAAGAUUAUCUUGCUGGUAGACCAUUUCUAAACAAUAAGAAGCCUACUAUGAUUGUCGAGCCACCAAAACCCAUAGUCGUCCCUUCACCAAGACUGAACAUUUCGAAAGAAGAAUCAACGCCAAACCCCAAAACUCGUGCCGUACCGCGUUCUGCUGGAGUGGCUGGGCAAUUCAAGAAUCCGCUGCUGGAGAAGACUGUCCUUCCAAAACAGGCCGGGGAUGAUCCUGUUCCUCGCCAUGACCCGAAUCAACCUGGAGCCUUGGUCAUGAUGCGCCCGCCAAAUGCGCCGAAAGGUCAGCGCAUCGUGGAUGUCAUCGUGGACCCACUGUUAACGAAGCAUCUCCGGGAACAUCAGCGCGAGGGUGUCAAAUUUUUGUAUGAGUGUGUCAUGGGGCUGCGAGAAUUCGACGGUCAAGGGGCAAUCCUUGCAGACGAGAUGGGUCUUGGAAAGACCUUACAGACAGUCGCCCUCCUUUGGACCCUGCUUAAGCAAAAUCCCUUUUAUGACGCCCCGCCAGUUGUGAAGAAAGCACUUAUUGUAUGUCCUGUGACGCUUAUCAACAAUUGGAAGAGGGAGUUUCGGAAAUGGCUUGGUAAUGAGAGGAUCGGCGUCUUCGUCGCAGAUAAUACGAAAACCAGACUCACCGACUUCACCUUGGGAAAGAGCUACAGUAUCAUGAUCAUUGGCUAUGAAAAGCUCAGGACCGUUCAAGAGGAUCUUAAAAAGGGCCAUAAUAUCGACAUUGUAAUAGCGGACGAAGGCCACAGACUCAAAACAGCUCAGAACAAGAGCGCCCAAGCGAUUGAUUCUCUUAACACUUCGCGAAGAGUCAUUCUCUCGGGCACUCCAAUUCAAAACGAUCUCAGCGAGUUCUUCACCAUGGUCAAUUUUGUUAAUCCCAAUGUUCUUGGUAAAUACACGACUUUUAGAAGAGAAUUCGAGGCACCCAUUCUCAAGAGCAGACAGCCUGGCGCAUCAAAAAAAGAUGUGGAAAAAGGUGAAGCAAGGAGCGAGGAACUAGUCACUACAACCAGCACGUUUAUUCUUCGCCGUACUGCAGAGAUUCUCUCCAAAUACCUUCCACCAAAAACUGAACAUGUUUUGUUUUGUCGCCCAACUAAGGCUCAGGCAUCAGUCUACCGCUCGCUCUUGUCUUCUCCAAUGUUUGGAUCCAUACUCGGCAAUGCAGAAGCAUCUUUACAACUCAUCAAUGUGUUGAAGAAAGCUUGUAACAGCCCUAGUCUUCUCAAGGACAAGAAAGUUCAAGAUGCUUCUGGCUCUGAGACAGACAAUUCACUUAUGACCUCAUUGCUCAACUGCAUUCCGUCUGGUCUCUUAUCCUCUCCGGCAGCUAGCGGAAAGCUCCAAGUUCUGGAUAGCUUUCUGUAUACGCUUCAUUCGAAAACACAGGAAAAAGUCGUCAUAGUAUCAAACUACACCUCUACACUUGAUCUCAUUGGCAUGCUUCUCACGUCCCUCUCCUACUCUUUUGUCCGAUUGGAUGGGUCAACGCCGUCUUCCAAACGACAAGACAUUGUCGACACUUUCAACCGCACCCCGCCCUCUGUGUGCUUUGCAUUUCUUCUCUCCGCCAAAUCUGGCGGCGCAGGGCUGAACCUUAUUGGUGCCAGCCGUCUUGUUCUUUUCGACGCGGACUGGAAUCCCGCAACCGACCUUCAAGCCAUGGCACGUAUUCAUCGUGAUGGCCAAAAGCGACCAUGCAGAAUCUACCGUCUGCUGACGCGCGGUGCUCUUGAUGAAAAAAUAUAUCAGCGCCAACUCACCAAGCAGGGCCUCGCGGAUUCUGUUAUGGAUAAUAAAGCUACCGCAUCGAGCUUCACCAGGGAAGAACUCAGAGACCUAUUUACUCUCGACGAGACUUCGUCCUGCCAAACACAUGAUCUGCUGGAUUGUUGGUGUGAAGGCCGAGGUGGAUCCACUGCUUCAGAAGCUGGUCCUUCACCCUCAUCUACAGAUGAUAGCCAUGCUGCGUCCCCACAAAAAUCAAGCACUUCAGAAGUCGCAGACUCCGAUCCCGAUGAAUCUUUAGAAGACGAAGAGCCACAAGCCAACGAUCAUGCCAACUCUGAAGAUUACCUAUUCCAACCAACCCUCCUCAAAGCAUCCCAAGUCAACAUGGACCUCCAAGAACGCCGCAUCCGCUCCACCCAGCGCCUCGCACAGAUCAAUGCCAAACGGUCAAAAAUGGAAGCCCUCAUGCAGUACGCGCAUAUAGACGUGUCAAAAUGCUCUCUUCCUGUCACUCUCCCUGACCCUGUCCCUCACUCUGGCACUGGCACUGUCACGGACUCUCCUCCGUCUCCGUCAUCAUCUUCUACCCCUUCGUCCCGCACUCUUCUUCAAUCCCUCAUAGACGAUGACGUGCUCUAUGACAUUCUCAGCGAAGAAGGAAAUCGUAUAUCAUUUGUCUUCAAAAGGACUAGCAUGGCGCCUCCUCUGACAACAUCGAUGGCUGAGCAAGCCGCCAAUGAUGCUGUGGCAAAGGCAGCGAAAUAAGCUGUCUCAGAUCCGGGUUCAUCAAGUCAAGGAGUUGGAUGGGAGAGGCACCUCAAAUCUCUUCUAGAUACCGAUCAUAAUAUGUCCUGCAUGUAAAAAUGACUUUCUGUUGCUAGAAGACAGCGAAUGCAUCACGGCAGGAGUUCUCUAAGGCCGUUUAGAUAGUUCAUCUUGUAGAUUAAACCGGUUUUUUUACUUCAUUUGCUUACACUCUUUUCAAUGAGAAUCAUCUAGGUAUCAAAUAAACC